AUGCCGCGCUCUGAUCGUAUGACCGGUGCAAUAAAGCACAAGCCUGUACUGCUGCUCGUCGUCGUCGUCGGACUCGGAGCAGCAGCCAUCUCCGUCGCCACAGCGGCGCACGUCGACUCCUUCAGCUACCCGGCCUUCGACGCCACCACGACGCAGGACCUCGUGGCGGGAAGCAACACCUCCGUCCUCACGUCGGCCUCCCACCUCUUCGACCACGACGGCGCUUUCGCCGAGUUCAACCGCACCGAGGGCUUCCUGCUGCUCUCGCAUACCGUCGACGUCUGGCGCUCAGGCCCCGGCGGGCGCCCCGCCCUCGUGGCCUCCUUCAACACCAGCUUCGCGCUGAGCGGCGCCGCACCCGUCGCGUUCGUCGUCCUCUGCCUCCAGGACAGCUUCGCCAACCCAGCCUUCGGCCUCAACGUCACCGUCAUUCCCAACGGCACGGCGGCGCCUGGCGCCGGGGCGAGGCCGGCCACGGCCCUCCUCGACAAGCGCAUCGUCGGCCUCGCUGGACAGCGCACCACCGGGAAAGCGAUGGUCGGCUUCUUCGCUAGCACCAUCCAAGGCAUUCUCGUCGGCGUACGUGACUGGAACCUGACGGUGGACAGGUUCGACAGUUCCAAGGGAGACGGAAGGAACAAGGGCACCUCGUGGUGGAUGAUACUGCUCGCGGUGCUCGGGGUCAGUGGCAGCCACGGCCUGAGCCUGACCUGA